GCAGUGAGAGGUUCUUUUGUGUCUGCAAGCUAUAAGCUUCUGCCACAACCAUAUGUUCCCUCAAAAUCGAAGAACCAUCGAACGCCAUGGCGUUCCUCUCCAAGUCUUCCCUCGCUCUCCUUCUCUUUCUGCUUGCUGCUUCCGCCGUCCGUGGGCAGCGGUUGUCUCAUAAAUUCUAUUCGCGUAGCUGCCCCGGCUUGCAACCUCUGAUUCGUGACAUCGUGCAACAGGCGCUCCGAGAUGAUCCCACGUUGGGAGCUUCCAUCCUUCGCCUCUUCUUUCACGACUGUUUCGUAAAUGGCUGCGAUGCGUCGGUCCUCCUGGAUGACACACCGUUCUUUGUUGGCGAAAAGAACGCGCCCCCGAAUAUGAAUUCUCUCCGUGGCUUCCAAGUUAUAGACGUCAUCAAGGAACGCGUCGAAUCGCGUUGCCGGGCAACUGUGUCUUGUGCCGACAUCUUAGCUCUCGCAGCUCGAGAUAGCGUCGCGUUGCUUGGAGGGCCAUACUGGGCGGUAUAUCUGGGGCGCAGGGAUGCCAGGACGGCGAGCCGGCAAGCGGCCACCUUGAACCUUCCACCGCCCGGUGAGAGCUUCACCAACCUCGUCUCUUCGUUCGCGGCCAAAGGACUCGGCACUCGGGACAUGAUCGCACUCUCGGGAGCACACACUAUAGGUCAAGCACGCUGCAGCAGCUUCCGCCCACGCAUCUACGGUGACAGCAACGUGGACCCCAGCUUCGCCAGCAUCCGCAGGCAAACCUGCCCGCCUCUCGGUGGCAACAACUUAGCUUCGCUCGACGUGCAGAGCCCCACGGUUUUCGACAACAAGUAUUACCAGAACCUCGUGGCCCGGCGAGGCCUUCUCCACUCGGACCAGGAGCUCCUCAAUGGCGGAUCCUUCGAUUUCUUCGUACGGUCGUACAGCUUGAAUCAAACGGCUUUCUUCAAUGAUUUUUCGUCGGCGAUGAUAAGGAUGGGCAACAUCAGACCUCUGACAGGAUCCAACGGGGAGGUCAGACUGAACUGCAGAAAGUGGAACUGAUGAUGAUGAUGAUGAUUUGUAUUAAUUUUUGUGGGGUGGCUGAAUUGCCAUCUCAUGAGUUGUUCUCUUCAUUCUUGAUUCUAUUCCAUCUUGUGUCCGCCGCCCCACCUACUACUCGGGAUCGAUGCAGAAUAAAGUAGUUGCUUGUAGAAGUGAUUUCUUUGUGAUGAGGCUUCU